UCCGACAAUCAAAACUAGCUCAUCACAUGGAAUCCUAUCAUGCAUAUUCUCUUCCUUCUCUUGCUGUUCUCUCUCUCUGCAUGUCAUUUUUUUCCGUUGCUGAUGCUGAAGCAUCGACAUUGCAAAGGCCCUUCAACAACAACAUUUCAGCUGGUUUUGUGUUUGGGGAUUCGACGGUGGAUCCUGGGAACAACAACUUUGUGCAGACCCUCUUUAGGAGCAACUUUCCUCCCUAUGGCAAGGAUUUUAGAGGCCAAACUCCAACCGGAAGGUUUACCAACGGCAAGUUGACCACCGAUCUCUUUGCUUCAUACAUAGGGAUAAAAGAAUAUUUGCCACCAUAUUUGGAUCCCAACCUUAGCAUUGAGGACCUGAUGACAGGAGUUAGCUUCGCCUCCGCUGGCACCGGAUUGGAUCCACUUACAGCACAGAUAUCUAGCGUGAUUUCAUUACCAAAGCAGCUGGAUUAUUUUAAAGAGUAUAAAAAACGACUGCAAUCUGCCAUUGGAAAGGAAAGGAUGGAAAGUAUUAUCAAAGACGGGGUGUUUCUUAUCAGUUGUGGCACUAAUGACUUCGUAGUAAACUAUUUCACCUUACCAAUUCGACGAAAGAAGUAUACUGUGUCAGGCUAUCAACAGUUCGUGUUGCACAAUUUGAAGCAACUCCUACAGGAUUUAUGGGACGAAGGGGCUCGGAGAAUCGCCGUUACAGGACUGCCUCCGAUGGGUUGUUUACCGGUUGUCAUCACCCUCAAUUCCGGAAAUGCGAUCCUAGAACGUGGUUGCAUUGAAAAAUUUUCUCGGACUGGAAUGGAAUAUAACCAAAUGCUCCAAAUUGAACUGAACUCAAUGCAGGGUAGAUAUGCUCAUCUGGGUGCAAAAAUCACUUAUGUCGACAUUUUCACACCAUUGGUUGACAUGAUUCAAGGCCUUGGAAAACAUGAAUUUGACGAGGUUAGCCAUGGCUGCUGUGGGAGUGGUUUCUUGGAAGCAGGAUUUUUGUGUAAUCCAGAAUCAUUUGUGUGUUUUGAUGCGUCAAUAUGGUUUUUUCGAUUCAAUUACCCUACUGAGAAGACAUACACUAAAUUUUUGUGGCUAGCCGUUCUGUCAUGGAUUACUGAUUCGGGGACUGAUAUCUUAUUAAUUGAUCAGUGA